AUGAGUUUCCUCUCUCUAUUCUCCCUUCUCUUUCUUACCAUAACCCUGACAAGUGCCCAAUUCUUCUUCCCAUUCGGAAUGGGCGCCAACAGUAACGGCUACAAUUACAACAACUACAAUGGAGGCGGAGCCACGUAUGGUAACGGAUACGGUGUCAAGGAUUCGGAGGGUUACUUCGCAAUGUGCAAAGGAUGGACGUGUCAGAAUUAG